AUGGAAGUGGUUGCUGGGUUUUUGGGAGAGACUGGCCCAAGAGACCCCAUGAGACCAUGGGUGAUGCCCGGCGGCUCCAUCGUCAAAUCAGUAGUGGAAGACCCUGGUCCAAGCGGCGAGAUUGCGGCAAAUUCGGGCGUUAGGGUAAGUGAUGACAUCGUAUGUGGGAUGGGUAGUUUUGGCAUCGGCGUGGGCUCAGGCAUUGUUGGCAUCGCUGAUUUUGGUCUGUGUACAAGUGGUGGGCAGUUUGUAGGUAGAAGGCUAGGCGAGGCCAUUUCAGCGGCCGGUGGUAUUAGAGUCCUGGGUGAAGAGGGAAAAACUAUGGAUGGCAACGCCAUCAAUGUCACUGUAGCAGGCCUGGACAGCGGCGCCAUUGGGCAUAUGGGCGGUGCCUAUAGUGCUGAAGCUGCUACUACUGGAAUGGGUUGGAAUAGAAGCGAACUAGGCGAUGCCAUGAGGAUCUUAGGGGGAAAACCUCAGCAAACUUUCCCUACUAUUAAUUUCUCUGGCUUCGUCCCAUAUGACGCCCCAGGGACGGAUGGUGAUAGAGAGAGCCUUGAUGAGAGUAGAUUGGGGAGCAAUGAGUAA